UGAUACGACGUAGAAGCAUGAACAGCAGGAGCAGCUUUGGAGUCGGUUUGUUUAUCACUUUUUUUGCACUAACCGCGGGUGUUAGCGACCGGUGUACUUCAUCCAGCGGUAAUCCUGGACGAUGCGUUCACUCGGAUGCUUGCCCACGGUUUAAGCAAAUGUUGGACGAUCCUUACAUUAGCCGGCAGCAGUACAACACUCUGCUAGCUGCAUCGAAAGCGUGCGUGCGUGAGACCGAGCUGUGUUGUGUUCUUUCAGACAUCCUACCAUCGGUCCAAUUAACCACUAUCGCCACCACUACCACGACCACCACCACCAUCACCAGCACCACAACACAUUGUCUUCAGGAUCAACUGACCGGUGGUGGUGCGCACAGCAUCGCGUACGCGGACGAAACAUCCUUUGGUGCGUUCAUCGCAAUCAGCGGUCAUUUCGGGCACGGAACUAAGCGAUGUGUCGGAAGUUUGAUUACCGCUGAGUACGUGCUAACUGCGGCCCACUGCGUAAGGAAUGCGGCGAACAUUAGUGUGUUUGUUAACGCAAACAACAUAUCGUCCAGCCAGAAGGGCCAGUACAAAGGGGACGUCGCAGCAACGGGUGUGCGAGAGAUCAUUCUCCACGAGCGGUACACUAUCAGUAAGCGAGGGUACGAUAUAGCACUGCUGCGGCUCAGUACGCCCAUCCGUGUGGAUUUGCGUGGAUCCCCGAGACCGAUCUGCAUUCCAAGUGGUGAACAGCACGAUGAGAUUGCCACGGUCGGUCACACGCUGAGCUCCUUCGGUUGGGGUUUGAAUGCUGACGGUGUGAUCAGCAACAGGAAACAGUGGGUGACACUGGAACGCAUCUCACUGGACCGUUGCAGGACCUGCCUGGGGUAUGCACUUCCUGGGGUGAACAUUACGCUCAACCAGCUGUUCAUCUGCACUGCCAGCAUCACUGGGCACGACGUGUUUUCGGGCUACUCCGGUGCUCCCCUGAUGUACCGUCGAAAUGGGACCUGGUUUAUGGUGGGCAUCGUCAGCUUUGGGAUCGGCGCAACCGCUAACGAGUUCCCCACCGUCUCCACUAACGUGCAGCAGCAUGUCGGAUGGAUUCUGCAGCAGAUAAGCCAACGAAUUCCGCGGGACAAGAGAGCGUAAUAAAGGGGAUUCCCAUUGAUA